AUGGCAGAGAAAAUUAUACAACUGGAGCCGACGAUGGAACAACAACCACUUGCUAUUCCACAAGACCAACAAUCCCAGGAGCAAAAACCGCCACAAUCGAGCUAUUCUAGCCCUGACGUCGUUGAGCAGUCAGAAUGGUCAAAUAGUAUCUGGAAUUGCUUCUCCCCAAGCUCACUUUGUCUCAAAGCGUUCUUUUGCCCGUGUUUUGUUUACGGCAAGACUCAACAUCGUAUCAACAAAGAUCCCAAUCUCAUGGGUUAUUCACGAUUUAAUAAUGACUGUUUUAUAUGGGCGGGUGCUCAAUGGUGCGGUCUAGGAGCCAUAUUGACCGUUCUUCAACGACGCCAAAUUCGAACGGAAUAUGGGAUUGGAAAAGCAGGAGAGGGAGAGAUUAAGGAUAUAGCUUUGAGUUGGUGUUGCCAUUGUUGUGUUCUGAUGCAACAGGAGAAGGAGGUUAUCAUGAGGAAUCAGGGUAGUGAUGUUUUUCUACAGGGGUAUCAGAGGACGGAACCAAUGGUGAUGGCACAAACAGAUUGA